CGCCUCAGCGCUCCCGAGCCGCCGCCUUUGAGCGGGACGGGAGAAGGAUCGGUUUCCCGGGGAGCCGAGCCGUCAGUGAGAUCCCUGCUUCUCCUUCGGCAGACGUUCCGUCUCCAAAGAAGCAGUGAAAAAGGCCUGCGAUGGACCGCGAUGGGCCAGACGCCAUCCGCCGGGAGGCAGAGGUGGAGCAUGGCCGCUACCUGAGCCGCCGGGCAGUGGCCCAGGAGCAGCUGGCGCAAAUAAAGGAGCACAAGGAUCAAGCUGAUCUGGCCAAGCUGGAAAACAGAAGAGAAGGAGAACGAAUACAGCGAAGAACCGAAUCAUACCAAAUGGAAAAUCAGAGAGAUAAAGAAAAGGAACAGGAGAAAAAAGUAGAAUUCCAGAGGCAGCAUCAUGAAUAUGUAGCUGAACAGAAAACACUUAAAGCUGAAGAGAAACAAAGAGAAGACAAAGAUGAUGAUCAAAUUAAGGCUUAUAUUAGAGGAAAAGAAAUGAUGGCUGAUCUGACAAGAGAAAAAAAUGAAGAGUCUAGCAGGAUGAUACAGAAGCAUAAGGACAAAGCUUUUGAUCAGUUAACUGCCCAGAUGAAUGAAAAAAUUAAGAUUGAAGACGAUCGUCUUGCUAGAGGAGCUGCAGAAGUAGAAGAUGAGUAUCAAAAGCAAAACAAAGAGAAAGAAAUGAAAAAAAAGGCUGCUGUAGAAUCUAUUGAAGAAAACAGAAUCACUGUGAUGAAGUUGAAAGAGGAAAAGGAGAGACAGGAAAAGGAAGAGGGUGAGAAGGAUCGUAAUCAGUGGAUGACAGAAAAUUAUAACUACUUGGAAAUGGAGAAAGCCAAGAAACAAAGACAGCGUGAUGCAAACAUGGAAGUACAGAAAUUUCAGCUCCAGCAAAUGGUAAAUAAGAACAACUGUGUACUGUCAAUCCCUUCAGAAAGAAGCACACUUCUAAACACAUAG